UCUGCCUCCAACAACAAGAAGCAGGAGCCAGGCAACAUGGCCGACCUGGGGAAGAAGUACUGCGUGAACUGCCUUGCAGAUGUUACAAACCUGCGGCUUCGCUGCACCGACUGCCCCGAUAUCGAGCUGUGCCCGGAGUGCUUCUCGGCGGGCGCAGAAAUCGGUAACCACCGGAGAUGGCACGGCUACCAGCAGGUCGACGGCGGUCGGUUCUCUCUCUGGGGUCCCGAGGCAGAGGGAGGAUGGACCAGCAGGGAAGAGCAGUCGCUACUCGAUGCUAUCGAGCAAUAUGGAUUUGGAAACUGGGAGGACAUGGCCACUCAUGUCGGAGCAUCCCGAACUCCUCAGGAAGUCAUGGAACACUAUGUCACCAUGUACAUCCAUGGAAACCUGGGUAAGGCUUGCAUCCCUGACAGCAUUCCCAACCGGGUGACCGACCACACCUGCCCAAGUGGGGGUCCCUUGUCGCCCAGUCUCACCACCCCGCUCCCUCCGCUGGACAUCAGCCUGGCUGAGCAGCAGCAGCUGGGCUACAUGCCGCUACGUGACGACUAUGAGAUUGAAUAUGACCAGGACGCAGAGAAGCUCAUCAGUGGGCUGUCUGUGAACUACGACGACGAGGACGUGGAAAUUGAAAUGAAACGUGCCCAUGUGGACAUGUACGUGCGCAAGCUCAGAGAACGCCAGCGACGUAAGAACAUCGCCCGAGACUACAACCUGGUGCCCGCGUUCCUGGGCCGAGACAAGAAAGACAAGGAGAAAGAGAAACCAGGAACGCUGGGAGUCAUAGGCACUGCUGGUGGUGUGGGUGGGGCAGGAGCUGGCGGUGGCACAGUCGGAGCAGGUUCCACAACAGCGGCAGGAUCAGGUCCUGUUCCAAGCACACCCAAAAGAAAGAUCACCAAGGAAGAGAAGGAGCAGCGGGUCCGGCUGCGGGGGCUCUGCCAGUUCAUGGCCCAUCGGGAGUUUGAGGACUUCUUUGAGAACAUGCAUAAGGAGCGCGUGCUGAGGGCCAAGGUGCGUGAGCUGCAGCGCUACCGGCGCAAUGGCAUCACCCGCCUGGAAGAGUCUGCUGAAUAUGAGGCCGCACGACACAAACGGGAGAAACGCAAGGAGAACAAAAGUGUGGUCACCUCCAAACGGGGCAGCGGAGGAGGGGGCGGGCUCGGCUCUGGGAUGGGACUCGGGGGUGGAGCUGGAGGGGGAGGAGGUGUUGCUGGAGGAUUGGGGGUUGGUGGUGGGAUCAAAGAAGAGGGCAAGGAUGGCGAGUUUGCCGCCAUUGAGAAUCUGACAGGCUUUGAGCUGCUGUCAGACAGGGAGAAGGUGCUGUGUAACUCUCUGAACCUCAGCCCAGCUCGGUACCUGACUGUCAAAACCAUCAUCAUCAAAGAUCACCUGCAGAAAAGGCAAGGCAUUCCGGCCAAGAGCCGGUUGCCUAGCUACCUGGACAAGGUCCUCAAGAAGCGCAUUCUCACCUUCCUCACGGAAAGUGGAUGGAUAUCCCGAGAUGCCUCUUAGCAGUCCGUCUUUGGUCAGGAAGUAAUGAGCUGAUGAUCGCUAUAAGCUCUGUAGGCGGGAAAAGACUACUGACAUUCACCUUUUUUUUUAAGGUGACCUUGUGAAUAUGUACAUUGCAAAGGAAGAAGAUGCCCCCACUGGAUUUGUAUAUUUUCAUACCUGGGCUAGGAACAAAAAUAAGUCUUUAUUUUUUACAUUUGGAAUGGGACGGGGUGAAAAAUAUUUGCUGGUAACUAGGAUGCUAACAUUUGCGUAGAUGCAGAGAUAUUUUAGUGUUCUUACAGCAGGCUCAUUGAAGAUGUCUAUGGAGAAAUACUAUUUAGAAUCCAAACAGCUGCAGGGCAAAAGCCAUUUCAUGCUGAAAAGACAGGGAAAUAAGAAAGGGUGAAUGUCUGACAGCACGGCACUGAAGGGUGACAGAAAUAAUCACUGUUGUUAUUUUUCAGGCUCUCUCAAACUCAAAAGCUAAUUUGGUCAAUUUGGUAAUUGUUUGGUCAGUUAAAGCUGGACUCUCAAUUAUCUGUCCUAUUUUUCCUUCUUACUGCCUACAAAUGAAGGAAAAGAAAAAGCAGGAGGGUUCAACCGUCGUCUAGCUUUCUGUCUGACAGAUAUAGGUUGACAUAGAGCGAGACUGAUAAAGCAGCCGGGCCGAUGGAAUUACUGAUGUUAGCUUAGCACUGACAUAUGUCAGCCAACCAGUAGCAAGUAAUGUCAGUACAGAAAUGCCAAAGAGUAUGCUGAGAGAUAAAUUAGAAACAGUGUUGCCAUUACAUAGUCUGUCCACCAAAGGGCGCUGGCAGGUUUUUUUUUGACUGUAGAAUGUCUCACCUAGUGGUCACAGUGCUUAAAUGAUGUUACUGUGUUGGAAAAAAAACUAGCAUCAGCUGAUAUAUAACUCUUAAAGCCCCUGAACACUUGGCAUAAGAUCUUGUGUAUUUUAUUAUAACAUUAAAAAUCCAUGCUAAAUAAUCCCAAGUUUAAAAAGCAUCUUUAGGUAUUAUUUAUUAAGAGUUUAACACUCAAAAACUCAGCUCAUCAGUUUCGUCAGGACUGCGUGUGAUUUGAUGGACAGUUACCAAACAACCCAACAAGCCGCAACCAAUCAAAACCAACGAGAAGAGCACAAAGGAAGAAAUGUGUGGGAGUAUCCAUAGUGAGAGAGUACGUUUUCAGGGCCUUUAAAUUGACCUCAAAAAUCCUGCAUGGGUCGGGCUCUAAUCUGUAUUUAUUUACAUGUUUAAGUGUGUCAACAGAAAUUCGAAUGGAGGAGAAACUCUUUUUCUCCACUUUGAAUUUGGCCCAAAAUGUAUUUAUUUUUACCGAAGCAUCCAGUGCAGCUUUAAAUGUUCUGCUGUCCACAUACAAGUGAAGAAGCUGAACCUGUGCAGGCAUCAACCAAUAAUACUUAAAAGGCUUCAGUACAAUUCCAAAAUGAUUGUUUUUUGUUUACCAAGUGUGUAUGCAUGGCGGGCUAAUAUUACACCUCUUUACCUUCCACACUGAGAUGGCAGCGUUUCUCCUCAUCGCAUGCUUUUGAGUUUGCUAAUGCUAGAUGUGCAACUAGUAAUUCUUUUCAUUAUCGAAAAAUCUGUUGAUCACUUUCUACAUUAAUAGAUUAGUUGUUGGGGCCGUAAAAUGUCCAGAAAUUGUGAAAAAUGUUUGUCACUGUUUCCCGAACAUAGUCAGUUUACUGUCAUAGAGGACUAAAGCCACCAGAGAAUAUUCAUAUUUGAGAAGCUGAAAUCAAGAGAAUUUGGACGUUUUUUUCUUCGUUAUUAAUCGAUUAUCAAAAUAGUUGGCAGUUUAUUUAAUAUUUGACAACUUGAAUCAACUAAUUGUUGCAGCUAACACCAAACACCGGCCCACUUCACAUGCUUCCCAGAUGGUCUGUCAAAGCAGAUGUUACCUGCAGCCUAUCAUUAGUUUUUCAAAGGUACCUUCACUUUGUCUCGAGGGCAGAGCCAUUAACAGCAGCACUGGUGACUCAUUCUUGUUUUGCUGCUUUUUCUGCGAGCCGAGCUGAGCAGCGGCCAUUGUGCUAUUUAAAUGUAAAUGAAGUUAUUGAAUCGGCUGUCAUUUCACAGCAGGCGCUCUAAAAUCACAGAGAAGAAAGACAUGCGAAUGUGUGGAUGUUACCUAAGCUGGAAUAUGUGCUAGAUUCAUAUUCUUUGCCUCUUUCCUGCGUCUGUAUCUGAAAAGUUUUGGGGUGAAAUGCAGGUAAUGAGUGGCAUUAGUUGGGAAGUGAUAGGCAUGCAUUAAAAGCGGAUCUUUUUUUGUAGUCACCAGAGAGGAAUGGGCUCCUCUCUGUUGUAGAACUUGUACAUGUGAGAUUGUGGAUCAACUGUGGAGGGUGUUAAGAUUCCGUUAUGAUCAAAAUCAGUCAUUCUUACUCACAUUUCCUCAAUGUGGUGCUCCAAACCAUGUCCUAUUGUAGUCAAACACUACAGCAGAUUUUAGGGGACAGCAGGUUUAUUCUAUACUUCUCAUAUUGUCAACAAAUCCCAUGAAUAGACCAAAACCAACAAUGAAUUGAUUCUACCAUCAAGUGUUGUUUGGCUCCCCAAAGCCUAAUAUAAACCCAUCAGUGAGUGAGCUAGCGCUCCAAAUGUGCAUUAAUCAGGAGCUGAAAAUAGUGUCCAACAAAUGCACUGUUUUCUCCUGUUUGUUAAAAACCACAGAUAACAAAAAAUAAGAAGCUGUUCUACAGAAAUGAAUGAGCCUUUAUGAAAAAGAACAUAUUCAUGACACAUUCUUCUAGAAGGCUUACAUCCUCCAUAGGAACCAGUGGGCUUGGGGCUGAAUGCUGCAGAGCGAAGGGGAGUUGGAAACAAGGUGCGAACCUUUCUUUUCAUGGGAUUUGUUACAAUAAUAAAAAGAUUAACUAUUCAUCUAAGUGCUUUUCAGCUUGCGUUUUGUUAAUCGACUCCAGGCCUGUGGUACAUUUAGAGCAGUGGUUCUCAAACUUUUUGCUGUCAAGGACCCCCAAACUGAUACACAUCAGGCUGCAGACCUGGAUU